AUGUUUCUCUACGGGAUACUGUUUAGUGCACUCUGCAUCCUGAUCUUGGCCCUAGAGCCACUUGAGGUCCAAUUUGAGUGGGACUACGCAUACCUACAAGCGCCUAGGGGUAUGACUUAUGUGAUACAUAGUAGCAAGUUAGGGCACAUCAAGUUUUGGAACGGCAGUAUAUAUUUGGCCAUACCCCGCGUUAAGGGCGGUGUGCCAGUGACACUAGCCGUUGCCCAAGCCUCGCCCAUGGAUGAGUCACCACUACUCAAACCAUAUCCCAAUUGGAAGUCACAGAAUGCCACCGGCAGCUGCUCCAGUUUUCAGUCAGUUAUGAGCAUCGAGAUCGACCCAAUGGGUAGAAUGUGGGUCUUGGACAGCGGCACGUACGUGUUACUCCCUUUUAAUACCACCAAAAAAAUUGUGUGCCCACCCCGUUUGGUGAUCCUUGAUCUCAAGUGCAGGGGUAAGGUGUUGUUGAACUACACCUUUCCACCAAGUGUGGCCAGACCUGGAAGUGCCUUGCUAAGCGACAUCGUCCUGGACCACGAGGGUGGCGGCUUUGCCUACAUCAGCAACUUAGACAUCCACGAUGACAACGACAAAGACAUAAUCGUCUUUUCAUUGCGGAAGGUCGCCUCGUGGAAGGUCAAACAGAACGACCGAAUCGACAGGCUGGCACUGGCACCAGCACGUGGGGAAGGUAACCGGCUGCUCUACUACACUACACUGAAUUCACAAAAGAUAUUUACACUGCCUACCCACGUGCUCAAGGAUCAGAUCCGCCAAGAGGCCAAUGAAUUGAGCGAAACCCCUCGCCAAUGGCACGGGAUGGCCAUUUCCAGCAAUGGCACGAUGUAUCUCACAGAAUCGGAUACCAACUCUGUCUAUUCGUGGAAGCUGAGUAGUCCUUCCUUCGAUGCAACUGAACUGAAGACGGAGUGGACGGUAGAUUCAUCGACGCGGUUCUACAGCUCGCCGGUCUUUGAUGGCAAAGGUAACCUCUUGCUCGUCUGCUACACCGAUUGGAAUGUUCGAGUCAUUAGACUGAGCUCAGAGAUUAAGAUGCAAAACUACCAGUACUGCGAGAACGGCAGUAUGCCAGAGUUGCCUUCGAUUACGUUUGGUGCUUUGAAAAAUGGCACUGUUUCGACAUUGUUCACCAUCGCUGCUGGUGGUGCGUCAGCGAAUGGUACUGUGCCAAAGUUGUCUUUCAAUACUACUGACAUGGUGAGAAACGGUACUCCACUAAAACUACGUUUCAUCAAUGAUUAUUUUUUACUAUUUUGUCUUUUGUUUCUCGUGGUGCGUUGA